AUAAUUUCCAUGGCUUCCGGUCAGGGGAAUCAAGAUGGAAGGGAACAAGGAUGAGAGUGUAAAAUGUAUAUUGAUAGCUAGGAAAUACAUAAAGACAGGAGAAAAAGAAAAAGCUGUUAAGUUCCUUAACAAAGCUGAAAGGCUUUAUCCAUCAGAGGAAGCCAAAGAACUUCUUGCUCAGCUUCAUAUGGCUAAUGGUGAUGCUCAAGCAAAUGAAGAAGAGUCAGAUUCUAGUUGUACACAAGAUAAAACAGACAGUGGUGUAAAACAUAGACAUAGGCAUAGGACUAAUUCCUCAGGAAGGGAAAACAAAGAGAAUGAGAAAUUAAAAGAUUCACAUGGAUAUAAAAGAGAUUACACAGCAGAACAGUUGGAAGCAGUAAAAAGGGUUAAGAAAUGCAAGGACUAUUAUGAGAUUCUUGGGGUCAGCAGGGAAGCAAAUGAGGGAGAACUGAAAAAAGCUUAUAGAAAACUAGCACUUCAGUUUCAUCCAGACAAAAACCAUGCACCAGGUGCUGGAGAAGCAUUCAAAGCAAUAGGCAAUGCCUACUCUGUGUUAAGUAAUCCUGAAAAAAAGAGGCAAUAUGAUCUGUUUGGCAACGAAGAAGAACAUGACAUUCGCCACCACAGACGGCGGCAUUACUAUGAUGCAUACAGUCGAGGUUUUGAAGCUGAUAUUUCUCCAGAAGACCUGUUUAACAUGUUCUUUGGUGGAGGUUUCCCCUCGGGUGACGUGCAUGUGAGAAGACAACAUUUCCAUGGACAUAGUCAAAGGGCCUCUAGACAGAGUGGAGAUGCAAAUAUUACUCUAUUACUCCAAUUGGCACCAAUCUUAUUGCUGGUAUUCCUGUCCAUGUUAAGUAGUUUCUUUGUAGGAGAUCCCAUAUAUACUUUACAUAGAACUAGUAAAUAUACAGAAGAAAGAAAAACAGGAAACAUAGGUGUACUCUACUAUGUUAAGCCUGGGUUUAGCACAGAGUACGUUGGAAGUAUAAAAAAGGUUGAGAAAAGUGUAGAAGAGGAAUAUAUUGGUAAUUUAAGGACAAACUGUUUUAAGGAGAGGAACUAUAAAGAGAACAUGAUGUGGAGAGCUAGAAAUUUUGCUGAUCGUGCUUUAUGGGAGCGUGCUCAGGGUAUGAGGACUCCUUCUUGUGACAAACUACAAGAGAUUUAUGCUUGAAUAAGAAGCAUAAAUUAUAGUAUACUUGUUAGACCAGAACACAUUUUCAUGGAGUGUCUUUUAUCUGGAAUAUUUCUUGAACCAUGGGAGCUAGUCAGCUGUUUUCAAACAAAUGCCUCUAUUCUGUGAUCAUGAGUAGACCUCAAGCUACUGUGACACAGUUGGGUGACAGUGCACUAGGGAUGCAGAUAUACCAUUAACUUACUUUCCACAAUCAAGUCUUUUCUUUCUUGGUGCAAUGAUCAAGACAACUUUGUUCAAAUCUGUGAAAGUGUACAUGUUUUCAAGUGUUGUAAGUAAAGAAACAACAUGUAAGGAUACUAUAUAAUACCUGGUUACAGGAAAUAUUGAUAUGAUAUUUAUAUAUGGAAAAGAAUUUCCCAAGAUGGUCAAGUGGCCAAUCAUAUUAAGUAACAAACCCUUUGGUACUUGACACUGCUAAUUGAGGUGAAGAAAGUGUACUGUUUGUUCCCGCUUGGUGUUGUGCUUUGGGUAAAGUUAGACAUGUCAGUAUGAAUCCAUUAUAUGAAAAACGGCUACCUGUUGAACAUGGUGUGUAAAAAAAGAAAGCGCCUUCCUAGUCACCUUAGGAAGGAAUAUUUUAGCAGGUGCUUGGAUGUUUAUUGAUGCAGAUUGAUUGUUCUGAUUUUUACUGAUGAGCAAACUUAAAUGUGGUAUGGCACAAAUUGAUCUCAUAUGUACAAUCCUUCAAAGGUAUACCAAUUUGUCCUUGUAUGUUUUCUGUACACCAAUACUUACUGAAAGGAGAGAUGAAAAAUUCCAGUUGAUAUGCCUAUUGAUUUGUCUUUUUCUCAUCAAUUUUUUUUCAUCAUUGCAUAUUUGAGUAGUUAUUGCUGAAAUCAGACCACGGUGUUGUUUCAGGCAAGCACACUAGUUCCCAGUUCAGUAUUACUGCCUGUGAUGGCAUACAGGUUUUAGCUGUAUGUAGCAAGUUUACAGCCAUGGAGCUGGCUGAUUCUCCAGCAGUGAUUUAUGUGGUCUCACCUGUGUAGGUCUAUCAAUGUAAACUCCUCACAACAUGAGGUAAAGGUUGAGGUAUUGGUAUGGCUGGCUUGUCUUAGGGCAUUAAGAGUAGCAAUGGCAGGGGAACUAUGGAGAGAGAUUAGGAAGAGGAAGGGUAUUUAGUAUAAUAGAGUAUUUAUAACCAGGAGAUAAUUUUCCCUCCUUUUCUGUAUAUGAUGUUGACAGAGAGUAUACCUUUCUCUUUUCUAGUAUUCCUGGUAGAAUUGUCAUGUGUUUCGUGGUUCUUUUAUUUUCAAAGACCUGCUAUAAUCAAGGCCUUUUGAGUGUCAUUGCCUCAUUGCCUUGCUUAUAGAGACAACCAUUAGUUUGAAAUAAACAUCAAAACACCAAACCUCUUGCUUACACAGGAUACCUGCUGUUUGUUGUGACACUUAAGCACCUGACAUAACCGUUUUUAUAGCACUUCAAAGAAAUAAUGUUGAGGAUUUUUAGGCUCAUUUACAAGUGGGGUCCUUUGUUUGACACCUCAUGUGAAUACACACCACUUCAUAGGAUAUAUUAGUCAUAUUGAUGUAUUUAUUAACAAUUGCCCCAUGUCUUGUUCUUUUGGUUAAUAUUAAGGGCUGUAGUAAUGUUAUAUAUUUUCAUUAAAUACUGCCAAGAGAGAUGUCCCAAAGGUAUGUCCUAUUUAGAGAUAACUUUUUGAAUGAUGUGAGUGGACAAUUUCAAGCGGAAGCUUGAUCGAUUGCCAGCAUAUUUAGAGCUAUUUAACAGGAGGGUUGUAAUGAAAAACAUUGGGAGUAUGUCAUCAUAAUUACCCUGAGAUUCAUUUCCAACGUGCACCAGCUUCUUAUUUUCAAUUCCACAUCAGAUUAGUGAAAAUAUAGAUAUUAAGAAACUGGUCCACAUUGGGCUUGGUGGCAGUGAUAGUUAAAUAUAGUGUUUGUAAUGGAAAUUGGCAAAAGGGAAUCACUAUGCUACUCAUCUUUAUUUGCUACAACAGAGCCAACUAAAAAUGUCACUGGCAGAUCCAAUAUACAGUAUAAUUAAAAGAAAAAGGUGUCUUUUGGCCCUCUAACUCACUGCUGCUAAGGGGGUGAGGGGGCAUCUCUACCAUUUUGCUUUUGGAAUGGGAUUAUGUUUGUGUGUGUGUGUGGGGGGUUAUGCCCUUGCUCAACCUGGACCUAUCUAUGAAUUUGAUAUAAUGUAGGCUCUCCAAAUAAAGAAUGCAAGGUCACAAUAACAAUCAAAAUAUGUAAUAAAUGUAAUUCAGUUUUUUAGGGUAUAGUGUGGAAAACAUCAUGUAAGGGGUUAUUUUCUUCAGUGAUGUCUUAACAAACGCUGCAUUUAUGCAGUUUUCUUAAUUAAGUCAAUUUUAAGGAAUAAAUUAAGAAUACAAUACCUUGGUUUCUGGCAUUAGGUAGACUUCUUUAGCAAUUUAUAUUUAUGUUUUGGGUGCUAUGUUGUAAUGUAAUUUUCAUUUUGUUAAAACUUUGGAAAAACACAUCCAAGAAUGAUAUAGAUGAAGGAAACAGAUGAAGAGAGAUGAAAUGAUAUAUAUUUAGAAAGUAUAAGAAUUUUCUAAUUUGUUUGCUGAGAUCAAAUGAACAAUUGUAUUAUACUUCUAACAGGACUUUCGUUGGCAAAAGAAGCACCAUUGUACAUAUAUAUUAUAAUAACUCUUUAAUUCCAACCUUUUUCCAAUGAUGUGCAAUUAAUGUAAACAAGAUUUAGUGGUAUGAAGAGUUACCAUUGAAUUGAAUAUGUACAUAAAUACAUGUAAAGACUUAUUUAAAGAGGUAACAUUUUGAUUCUGUAGCCAGUGUAAAUAAAUGAUGUGAUGA